GAACUUCGCCGGUUCCGUUGAUAGAUUAUUAAGUCUAGCUGCCAAUGGAUAUUAAAAUUGACGUUAACGAAAAUCUUUUUUAACAAGUCGGAUUGAAAAUAAUCGCAAGUUUUAUAAAACUUUCUUGAACAUUUUUUCGAAAUUCUACAAUCAAAAAUAUUUUUUUUAAUUUGUGCAAAUUUUUUAGCUAUUUAUUUCUGAUAUUAUGUCGCCGCUGUCGUUUAUAAAGUGAACAGUCGGCGUUGUAAAAUUUCGUCUGCACAGAUCUCUAUUACGAAUCGCUCGUGUUUUCUUCAUACAUUUCCUGGUGUUAAAACUUCGAAGAACAUAUUUUUCUUAAAUGAAAAUUUUGGAAAAAAGUGGAAUGUAAAUCAAUGAUAUUGCUUUCAGUUUCAACUAAUUAAUUAAUAUCGUAAAGAUGGCAUCAAUGCAGUUUGUUUUACAACCACUACCAGGAACGGAUGAGCAAUUUAUUGACAGACUACGGGAAGUUUCCGAUAAAGUAAAUAAGUUUGGAUUUGGAACACAUCGUAUAUUUGAACAACUUAAAAUUCCAGUAAAGGAAGUCGUAAUUGGACCAAAUCAUAUUGGCGUCCUAUUGGAAGAUGGCAAAGCAUUUCGUGUUGCAUUUUCUAUUAAUACCGAACGUCUAGAUCUAAGUAAAAAUGAUGCUUCAAAAAGUGGCAACAACACUACAAAUGCGUCAAAUAAUUCUAAAGCAUCAGCUCCAUCAUCGUCGCGUCAGUUAGCUCGAUCCCGAGCACGUCUUAUGCGAACAACAGGUAGAUCAAGUUCUGGUGGUCAGGGAUCGGGCUCUAGAAGUACUGGCGUAAUAAUUGGAGGUAGUUCUUCAAGUCGACCGCUUGUAACAGUUCCAGCCACAUAUGUUCCUGAAGAACUGAUUUCGCAGGCAGAAGUUGUACUUCAAGGAAAAAGCAGAAAUUUAAUUAUAAGGGAACUACAACGCACAAAUUUAGAUGUAAAUUUGGCGGUUAAUAAUUUGCUGUCACGUGAUGAUGAAGAUGCCGAGGACACUGAAGAGGGGGGUGAUAAUUAUGUCCCUGAAGAUUUAAUAUCUUUGUUAGAUAAUGGGUUUCAUGGAGACAACAAUAGUGUAAUAAUCGAUCCAUCUGAUGGGCUCUUCACAGAAGAAAUAUUUAGUAACUAUUCAAGCAUAAGAAAUUUAUUAUUUGAUCGCAUACGUAGCGAACGUAAUCAGUCAAAUGCGGGUUCUUCCGAUAGUAAUCAAACUAGAGCGUCUGGAUCGGGAAGCAAUGUUUUAACUGGAGCUAGCAGUUUGUCUGCGCAAAUUUCAUCAGUCAGUGCAGAAAGAGAAGCUUUUAGUCGUUGGAGAGAUAGACAAUGUUAUGUACCUCGUAGGUGGCUUAAUAAAGAUGACUAUGUUUGGGAUAAAGAAGGAGAUGCAAAAAAGAAGGACCCCACAACGAUGAGUUCCCCGAUUUGGAUUUCAGAAGAGUUGCAACCGUGGCCUGAUAAAAAUAAUACACUAAAAUUCAAAAAGAUUGCUGCAAUUUAUUCAGAAUUUAUUGGAAUUUCUGAUGUUGGAGAACUUCAUCAGUGGCGCUGGGCUGACCCAGAACCAUAUAAAUCAGAGGUUGAAAAUAUUUUUCAUCCCAAAACUUUAACUCUCAAUUUAACGGAGAAAAUUGAAUUGAUCUCUGCUAACUUUAUUCGUUGCACAGUGGUAACUGAAAGCAAUCGGGUCGCAACAUGGAUGGAUGAACAAUUAGGGUAUAUUGGAGCCAAGUUGGAACAUGCUGCUACAUCGUUUAGUGAGUUUGUUAUGGAUCCAAUAGUUUCAGUGAAUGUUUGUUCAUUGUUUACGGCAGUGCGUACUGAAAAUAACAAUGUGUAUUGGUGGGGCGUCCUACCAUUCGACCAACGUCGAUAUUUGUGGGAGAAAUAUCGCAAUAAAGCCAAGAAACCUUUUAAGGCUGUUGCCUCGGACAUCAGCGUAGGCACUCAGGUUAUUAUGAAAAAGUGUCCAAAAUAUCAGACAGGUUCGAUCGGCUUUACCUGUGCAAAUGGCGUUCCUAAGGUUGGUCAGUUGCUCAAUUCCGUUUGGGAUCCAAAUGACUUUUGUCGGUUCAAGAUUAUUAAUGUAACUUCAGUACCUUGCAACGACAAAACACAACUACCAGGCACCAGUCCUUCAACAAGUACCGCCACACUUACUUUAGACAAAGAAAUUACUAAACCAUUGACGGGACAAAGUUCGAGUUCCUCAAAAAGUAGUUCUUCAAAUAAAGAGACUACAGAUAGAAUCGAUAUGCCACCACCACCUUCUCCGGCUUCAAGUACAUGCAGUGAUACAGGAAGUGUUACUUCUCAUAAAAGAACUAAACGCAUGGCCACCAAAGAUGACAACGUCGAUGCCAAAAACGAUGAAGAAUUAUGGCAAUUAAAAGAUGUUGUAUUCGUUGAAGAUAAAAUUGGUCCAGUCGGUAAAGUCCUUAAAGUGGAUGGUGAAUUUGUUGCCGUUAGAUUUCCGGUGACAUCGGGACAAUCGUCAAUGGCUGCUACCACAUCUGCGUCUUCUUCAGCAGGAGGAGCGGUGCCAACUGAAGGUAAGGAGGACGAUUGGCAGCAGUGUCGUCUACUUCGACGUGAAGAUGUUCAAGUCUAUAAGACAGCGAUGACUUCAAGAGGUCCUGAUUGGCUACAAAAGCAGCCGAAAAAAAUAAAUAUUAGUCAUGGAAGUGACCCUUCUGCAUUCCAGUUACUUUCACUCGCUGUAGACUUGAGGGGCAUACAUGUUGUAAAGAAGCUCGGUAACAAACUGCACUAUAGUCUUUACAACCUGUACAACAGUAAACAGGAACAAAAUUGUCAGUUUCCAACAGACAGUAGCUCCUUCAUUGGAUCGUCUCCUAGCAACAUUUCAAUGAUUUGUAAUAAUGAUUGCAGCGGUAAUACUAGUACAAUUAUACUACGCGAUGGUAAUCGAGCAUUAUACCCAAUGGCCAAAGAUUGCGUUGGUUCAAUAAAAGACCCUCAAUGGUUUGAUCUGUCUCCAGUAAAGACGGUAGCAAUGACGACAAUUUCUUUGGCUUCAUCGUUAAACAGCAGUAACCAAAAAUCGAAAGUUUGUAUGACAGCGCUGUUAUUCGAAUCGCAAAAGGUGAUGCCGCAUAUUUUGCGGUGUGAUGUUAAAAAUGCAUUUGCAGCUUUGAAUCGAUUGGAAAAGGAAGAUCGAAAUGACAUCUUAGCUGUUUUAGAAGAACGAUGCGAUGGAGCUCGGAAUAUUUUCCACGCAUGCACAAUUAUGUGUUCACCAACUACGAACAAAGAUACAGAUGAAAAGAAAACCACAAACUUUACAGGUAUAACAUCUCGUUCAUCCCCAGCUGCUACAUCUGUGUUUUCCACAAAUGUUUCCGCUGUUAUAGAAAAUGCAUCGGCUGGUGCAUCAGUGUCUAAUGUUGCACCUUCAACAUCUGCUUUUCCAAGCGUUUCGUCAGCUAUGACCAACACUUCGGCGUCUUCUUCAACGCGCGAGGGCCGUACAGUAAGUUUGCGUGAGAUGAUGACUCGUUUAAUAAACACAGACAUGGAGCAAUCGACUUCAAGUGGUGGGAAUUCAGCACCAGGGGCAGCAAAUGUCGAGGAAAGCAACGUUUACAUGGCCCCUUGGACUAUAGAAUCGAAUACUAAUUCUUCAAGUGCAAGUAUAAACGAUGUCGUAAUGGGUAAUAGUGCGGAAGAAGAUAUUUCAAAAAUUAUUGCAGGUUGCUCGAAUUCAAGUUCAAUGAAACUUUCUUCGCCAAACUACGUGUUCGAUCCCAUUCAACGACGAGAAAAUGCUACACUUAUACUUCAGCAUAUGUGCUCAAGCCCAGCACUAAGACCGUAUCUCUACCAAUUACUCAGUAGUAAAGAUGCCCAGGGACAAACCCCAUUUAUGUUAGCUGUAUAUAGCCGCGCUUAUGAGGCGGGUCUUAUAAUACUAAACACAAUACUAACACUUUCGGAGAAAGACACUGCUAUGAAGGAUGCAAUGAUUUUCCCACCAGGUUCUCCACCCGAUCAGUCACCAUUACACGUAAUCUGUUAUAAUGACACUUGCUCUUUCACUUGGACUGGCGCUGAUCAUAUAAAUCAGAACAUAUUUGAAUGCAAAACCUGUGGUCUUACGGAUUCACUGUGCUGUUGCACAGAGUGUGCCAGAGUUUGUCAUAAAGGACACGAUUGUAAAUUAAAACGCACAUCGCCUACUGCUUACUGCGAUUGUUGGGAGAAGUGUAAGUGCAAAGCUCUAAUAGCAGGUAAUCAAAACAAGCGAUUUGCACUUCUCUGCAAGUUAGCAUCCUGUACAGAUCUCGUGACAAAGUUCAAUGCUAAAGGCGAGUCUAUAUUGCUAUUCCUAAUACAAACAGUUGGACGUCAAGCUGUUGAACAGCGUCAAUAUAGAGCCAAUGCUAGAGUACGCAAUGUUGGCGGAAAUGCUGGAAGCUCUAGCAACGGAAGCACGUCAGCACGUAAGUCUUCGACUUCGAUUGAUUUGGAUGUCAAUAUGCCGGAUCAUGAUCUGGAGCCGCCAAAAUUCGCGCGACGGGCUUUAGAGCGUUUGCUAAUCGAUUGGCAUGCUGUUCGUGCUAUGAUAAUGACGGGAGCGGAAAAAUGCGAAAAUACACCUCAACAACCACCAAAUUCGAUUGAUGGUGCUAGUGCUGAAAACUAUAACAUUUACUUGCAAAAUCAAAACGGGUCCACAUUGCUCGAUAAAUUUACGCACAAUAUAUUUGUCAAAUGUUCUGCAGAUCAUCUUGAUACAUUGCUUAUGACUCUUGUACGUGAAAUGCAAAAUGAUUCUGUAGCUGAUCGCAUGGAGGAUGCUGAAAUAGUAGCUCGUCGUUUUGUGCGAUCUGUAGCACGCGUAUUUGUUAUUUUCAAUAUGGAAAAGUUUCCGAAUCCCGAACGUCGCAAAUCAUUGUCAAUGCCACACAAGCACAUUCAAAGUUGCGUAAAAGUAUUUCAGACAUUGCACAAACUUGCCAUUCAGGAAUUGUGCGAAGUAUCGGAAGCCCUCAUUGCACCAGUACGAUUAGGUGUUGUGCGACCAACUGCUCCUUUUAUAUCAUCAUCGAAUAUGGAUAAUUCUGAUGACUUGUUUAGCGUGGAACCAUUAGCUCCGUCAUCGACCGUCGAAUCAGUUAUCGAAACAUCUGCAGUCCAUGAAGCAAACAGUGAGCAAGCAACAGGAUUUAAUUUCCAACCGAAUUAUGGCAUUGAUGGGAUUGGUAUUAUCGCUUUGCGCGAUGCAUCUGAAAGUGAAGAAACUCCGAAUAGAGAGGGUGGAGCUAACAAUCAAGAUGAGGAUAUUUUAGAAGCAAGUCGUAAUGAAGAAGGAAUUCAAGAUGACGAAAGUGAUAACGAAUAUACGUUUAAUGAACCGGAAACUGAGUCAGAUUCAGACGAUAAUCAAAGUAAUCAAGAUGCACAACGAAGUGUACAAACCGGUGCUACAGUUGGAUCAGAAACAGAUAUUGGCGUUCUUUUCCUUGAAGACGAAUCAGGUGACUCGUCACCUCAAGAAGAGGAGGGUUCCGAAGAUGGGGAAACAGAUGAUCAUGACGAUGAUGAAUUUACUUAUGCCGAUCAUCAGUUAGAGCGUCGUAGCGCUAACUCUAAUAAUCGUAGUGAUUUAGCUCCACAAUCAAUGCAAUGGGCAAUACGAAGUCGCGAUACAGCUCGGUCCUCAGUACGAAUGCCAGCUGGUUCCAGUUUAGUUUUUAUAGAUCCAAUGGCAUUGCGCCGUUCAACGGUACCAGCAAGUACCGCCGUAGCUGCACCUCCACAAGAACAGCAUACUAUGGCCACAACAUCCAGCAAUUUAGCACGUGCAUUUGGAAUAAUUGUUCGCCAAAUUUCUGAACUCUUAAGUAGUUUGGCGUAUAAUAUUAUGAAUGAUAUUGAAACCUCUUUGAAGAUUCAACCCGAAGAAGCCACUCAAUUGCAGGAAUUUGUGGAAAAAUGUUUAAAACCUACCUGGGAUUGGAUGUUUUCUGUAAUGGAUAGCACUGAAGCCCAACUCAAGUUUGGAGCAUAUUUAACUAAUUAUACCGAUCCUACACAUCCUCUGCAUCCAUUAAAUUUGACUGCACAGAAUAACACAAAUCAACAAAACAAUAGUGGAAGCAGUACUGCAACUUCUGUAGGGAUUAAUAUCAUGGCCUCUACCUCUCGGCGAGACUUCUUCACAUACUGCUUGUCUCUCAUGAGAGCUCAUACGUCUGAACACCGUGAUGCUCUUCCGGUUUUGGAUAUAACAGCGUUGCGUCAUAUUGCCUACGUGUUGGAUGGAUUUAUUUAUUAUAUGCGAAAUGACACAAACUUCUAUGAGAAAAAUGAAGGAAUUCAAAGUAGCUCCCUUAAUGCAAAUGAAAAUGAUGAUACUGAUGAUGAACUGUCUAAUAUAACAAGUGACGAUCCGUAUGGAGAAGUUGGGGGAGCGGGUUCAUCUCUUAAUGUUGCAGGAUCAUCGGGAACAUCUAGGCGUCAUGUAUUUUUCGCAAGAUCUGAUUCAACUUUGAGUCUCGGUUGUUUAGCUCCUGAUGGGUUUGAUUUGCCACUUGAUGUCGCCAUACCAUUAGCUGAUAAACCUCAUCUUUUGCAACCAAAUUCUAAAAGGCAAGACUUGUUUGCCAAUCUACCUUUAAUUGUAUCACCUACAGAAAAUAUGGCCCAGUGCAGUGGCGAAUCAUCGUCAAAUACACUUGACUAUCCUCCAACGAAACUAGGAUUUUCCUCGUACAGUUCUCGCCGAGCUGCUCAGAGUUCUCCGAAUACGUCUAUGGAAAUAAUUAAUACAAUGGAGGAUGAUGACAUUGAAGAUGAAAACGACGAAGUCCACAAUGGAACUCAAUUACCUAAAGCUACAUGUUCAGCUAGUUUUCGCGUUAUUUCGGAUUCAUCGUCUGGUACGGGUUCUCUCGAGUCCAACACUGGUGUAGGAGGAAAUGUUUACUUGCAACUAAAAAAGAAACAAUAUGCAGACGAUCCUAAAUCAUUGAAUGAGAAUCAAGAAAAAUUGGAUGAUCAAGAUAAUAUGGAUGUGGACAGUGGCAGUGUUAAUGAUAUAAUUGAAAAGACACAGACCGAUCAUUCAAACGCGACCCAGUCUGGUGUUAUUGCAACAAGGCCCGAUGUUAUUAUAGUGCCCCAAAAAACACUGCGUGGCAAUGAAUCCGAUUUAAUGUUACAGUCAAGCAGCACAGGAUUUUCGUCAUCAUCGUCAAUGGUACGAAGUGUUAUAGUACGAGCUGGUGGUGGAAGUAGUUCCUCAUUGAAAAUUCAAGACGAAGCGUCUACUUCUCAAAAAUCUAAAAUGCCAUACUUAUCAGUAGAUGAUUCAGCAAAGAAUAUGAUAAUGGGUCGUUCGGCAAGAAUUACAUCAUUUAUGUUUCCCGCUCGAGGUCAACACUUCUGCCAGAAGUUCGAUUCAAACGAUUCAUCUCCCUCGUGGAACUUUUUGCUUGGUCGUUGGAAACUUACUCUUGAUCUAUUUGGCAGAGUCUUCAUGGAUGAUGUGGGCAUGGAGCAUGGUUCGGUUUUACCUGAGCUACGCGGUUUUCCUGUAAAAGAAAUGCGAUUCAGACGUCAUAUGGAAAAACUCCGUAAUGGACAACAACGAGAUUUAAUCUUCUGUAAAUUGGAACGCAAUCGUGAUAGUUUAAUAAUUCAAACAUUCAAAGAAUUAAAUACUCAGUUUGGUAGUCAGAACAGAAGAGUUCAUCCUCCAUUAACAUUUAAUCGAGUAAAAGUGACAUUCAAAGAUGAGCCUGGCGAAGGCUCUGGAGUGGCGCGUAGUUUUUACACUUCCAUAUCGGAGGCUCUUCUAGCUAGUUCGAAAAUGCCAAAUUUAGAAUCUGUACAAAGUGGAAAUAUAAGCGGCAAGUACGGCGUUCCCUUUUCAAGUAUUUUACGCAAUCGUGGAGCGUCAAGUCGUGAUGGUCCCACAUUACAAAGGCGUGGUACUGGUAGCAAGAUUCUAUGGCGUACAGCUCGUGAGAGAAAAGCUCUAAAUUAUGAAGCUAGACCCUAUAUCCCAGUAUCGAAUAAUUCAGAUAUUUCUGGAGAUAAUCCUAAUGAACACUUGUCAAUGCAUUUACAGCAGCUGGGAGAACGUCUCUAUCCAAAGAUCUAUUCCUUGAAUACUGCAAAUGCUUCCAAAAUAACCGGUAUGUUGUUGGAAAUUCCAACCCCUCAAUUACUAUCGAUCUUGUCAUCGGAAGAAAUGUUGCGUCAAAAAGUCAACGAAGCUCUGGAUAUUAUAGCAUUUAAACAAAAGUCAGAAACAAGCAGCACAUCAUCUUCGGCUGCUCAGUCGAAAAAAAUGAAUCCGGUCGUGCUUCUGGAGCCAUGUCACGUAGAAGACAACGAUCCACUUUUCUAUAUGCCAGGAAAACGAGGUUUUUAUACUCCUCGUCAAGGUUAUGGCUCAUUCGAACGCAUCAAUGCAUUCAGAAAUAUUGGAAGACUUAUAGGACUUUGUCUACUACAGAAUGAAUUGCUACCAUUAUUUUUGCAACGACAUGUGUUAAAAUAUAUUCUCGGUCGAAAAAUUAAAUUUCAUGAUUUGGCAUUUUUCGAUCCAUUUAUAUAUGAGUCAUUUAGACAACUCAUUCAAAAUUCUCAGACCGAAGAUGGUGAAGAGGCUAUCAUAAGAAUGGAACUAUUUUUUGUGAUCGAUCUAAUGAAGGAAGAAGGUGGUGGAAGUGUGGAGUUAAUACCUGGAGGUAGGGAAGUUCAAGUCACAUCCCAAAAUCUGUUUGACUAUAUCAGACGCUACACGGAAUAUAGAUUAAUAAAAGCCCAAGAAAAAGCACUAGAGGCCAUCCGAGAUGGAGUUUUCGACGUUUUGCCAGAUAAUUGCAUGCAGAGUUUGACAGCGGAGGAUUUGCGUUUGCUUUUAAAUGGCGUCGGAGACAUAAAUGUUACAACACUGAUAUCUUAUACAACAUUUAAUGAUGAAUCGAGUGAAGGUUCGGAUAAACUUUUGAAAUUUAAACGCUGGUUCUGGAGUAUUGUCGAGAAAAUGAACACAUUGGAACGACAGGAUUUGGUCUAUUUUUGGACGGGAUCUCCUGCUUUGCCCGCUUCUGAAGAAGGUUUUCAGCCCUUGCCAUCUGUUACCAUACGACCAGCGGAUGAUACCCAUUUGCCAACAGCAAACACAUGUAUAUCCAGACUAUAUAUACCCCUUUAUUCAAGCAAGUCAAUAUUGCGUAGCAAGUUGCUAUUGGCUAUAAAAUCCAAGAACUUUGGUUUUGUAUAAAUGAACAAAUAUUUUAUUUCGCUCUGUUCUUUAUUAAAUCUCUUUAUCUAUGUUUAUAAAAGAAAUGUUUUUAAGAUCUGAUUUAUUCGAUUUAAUUAAAUCUGCUUUAAAGAAAAAGAAAAUUAAAUUAGCAAUGAAUAAUUUUACACUAAAAGUAACGUGGUGGCAAUGUUUGUUUGUACCAGGAAUUGUUAUUAGAAAUUAUUUACAACAGCCACAAAAUCAUUCUCCAUUCCUACACAUAAUUUAUCAUUAAAUUAAGAAAUCGGACUUUCGUUGUUUUAACUUUGGUAAAUUUAUUAUAUACAUAAAUAUUUUAUUAUUUUUAUUUUGAAUACCUAACCCUUGAAUUUGUGAAAACAUCUGCUAUAAAUUAUGUUUCUGCAUAUUUAAGGCAUGUGUUUUUCUCUUUUUUAGUUAUAAUAGAAUAAAUUCUUAUUUAAGGAUAUUUUCCCAUUCUUAUGAAUACUUAUUUUUAUAAACUUAAUCACAAAUCACGGGGAAAACUUCAUUAUUA